ACCCUUGCGACUAUCUAUCUUCCGCCUCUAACGGCUCUCCGAGGUCUCGCGCGACACCUCUCAGCGUGGGACGAUGUAUGAUGUAGGGGAUAACUUUGAUGAGUUAUACGACCAGAUGGUGGUGGACAAACAAAACUCACUUCUCACAAUACGGGUUGGCUUUGUCGGCUUUACCAUCUUGGUUUGGGAUCACUUCAUUACGUUUGGGGAUGAGAUGGAGCUCAUAUGGAAGCAGCCCAAAACCUUCAUGUCGUCGCUCUUUCUCUUUAACCGUUAUAUCAUCCCGCUAGGCUUCAUCGUGGACUUGUUUGCAUACAUUUCCCCUCAAUUCUCAACAUCAGGUUGCAAACGCUUCGUGCGGUACCAAGCGGCCAUGAAUCAGAUAGGCGUUCACGUUGCAGCGCUCAUGAUGCUCAGGAGAGUGUUUGCCCUCUAUACUCAGAAGAUCCUCUCCGCUACGCUGGCUAUCUUCUUUGUCAUCUGGUGUGGCGUGGCGGCCUAUGUCGUCAUGUGCGGUGGACCCGUUCCUCAUACACCUGCUGUGCACUCAUGCACGCUUAUCUUCCAAGGGAAAUUUUAUGUUCUGGCUACGUCAGCUACCUGGUUCGAGCUGGCAUUUGAGACGAUUGUGAUUGGAUUGAUCGUUGCGCGUACACUUCCUUACCGCCCUUGUCGGAAUGCCAACACCAUUGCACGAUGUUUGCUUGUUGAUGGCUUAAUUUACUAUGCUGUAAUUUGCGUGGUCAACGUCACUUCGAUCGUCAUGGUCUCUAGUUGUCCCCCUGGAAUCAGGAACAUGUUUGGACAAAUACAACUCACGAUGACAGUGACUAUGAUGUCCCGAAUAACUCUCAGCCUACCCAAGACCCACAGACGUAUUAUGCGCGUCGAUGUUCCGAUUGCCUCGAGAUGGCAAGAUGCGUCGACGAUCCUCCCACCUGUUGCGUUCAGCUGGCCCGGACAUAGUCACUUGGGGUCCACGGAAGAACCAGAAUCCGGCUCAGAGAUGAUGUCCAUGUCAGAGCGCCAUAUUUAGCUCCAAUAACGGACAGUGCCCUCGUAUUGAACUUGAGGACUCACCUGUGUCCCAGCGAUGGUCUUUACGCAAACCCUAUUAUUAGGCACUAGACUAAUGACCAAUAAGCUAA